AUGUCUACGAUAAUUGUGCUAUUUGCGGGAGUUCUAACGCUAAUUGCUUGGUGGUUCCGCCAGCGAUUCAGCUAUUGGCAACGUCGUGGAAUUUCCCAUGACACGCCACGGUUACUCAUUGGCAAUAUGCAUGAAUGGAAGAAGACGAAACAGAUUUCGUAUAUUAUGAAAGCGACCUAUGACAAAUUUAAGGGCAGUGGGCCGUUUGCUGGUUUCUACUUCUUCAUGGCACCAGCAGUGGUGGCCUUGGAGUUGGAUUUCAUAAAGGAAGUGUUGAUUAAACAAUUUGACAAGUUUCAUGAUCGUGGAGUAUUUCACAAUGAGCGGGAUGAUCCAUUGAGUGCCUCUUUAAUAACGAUUGAAGGGCAAAAGUGGCGACAAUUGCGACAGAAAUUGACACCGACUUUUACGUCUGGUAAAAUGAAAUUUAUGUAUCCCACAGUGGAAAAGGUAGCAAAAGAGUUAUUGCAAGCCUUUGACCAACAAUUGGAAAAUAGUUCCCUCUUGGAAGUACACGAUUUGGCAGCUCGUUACACGGCCGAUGUGAUAGGUUCAUGUGCUUUUGGUCUAGAGUGUAACAGUCUUAGUAAUCCUCAAGCUGAAUUUGUUAUAAUGGGCGGGAAGGCUAUAAAAGAACGUCAUCAUGGUAAUUUUAUAAAUAGCAUGAUUUUUAGUUUUCCCAAUCUGGCUAAAGCUUUGAGGAUGAGGAUCAAUUUGUACUCGGUGGAAGAUUUCUAUACGAACAUAGUGCGUGAGACUGUGGACUAUCGCAUAAAGAAUGGAGUCAAACGUAAUGAUUUUAUGGACUCAUUAAUCGAUUUGAUAAGAAAACAUGAAGAGGGUAGCAAGACAGAAGGAUUGACGUUCAAUGAAGUUGUGGCUCAAGCUGCAAUAUUCUUUUUGGCCGGCUUUGAGACAAGCUCCACGACCAUGGGUUUUGCUCUCUACGAAUUGGCUUUAAAUCAGGAUAUACAGGAUAAACUUAGAAAGGAGAUAAGUUCAGUUUUGGCCAAAUACAAUAAUGAAUUUACCUAUGAAUGCAUGAUGGAUCAGCGAUAUCUUAGUCAAGUUGUUGAUGAAACUCUAAGAAAAUAUCCUGUCGCGGCUCAUCUCUUCCGCCGCACAAAUCAACGAUAUGUAAACAAUGACAGCAAAUACUACAUUGAGCCUGGUACUUUGGUAUUUAUUCCAACUUUGGCCUUGCACUACGAUCCUGAAUACUAUGAAGAACCUGAGAAAUUCAAACCCGAACGUUUCUCAGAUGAUGCCAUUCAACAGCGGCCCAGUUGUGCCUACUUGCCCUUUGGUGAGGGUCCACGCAAUUGUAUAGGUAUGCGUUUUGGCAAAAUGCAGACCGUUAUCGGUUUGGCCAAACUAAUCAGCAUCUACAAGUUUGAAGUUCACCCAGAGAAGACCCAAUUGCCAUUGGAAUUAGAUACAACAAAUUUCCUAUUAAGCGCCAAGGGAGGCAUUCAUUUAAAUGUAUCUAAAGUGGUCUAAAGGAAAAUUUGAAUGUUUUAU